AGAUCAUAACACUGCUCAAACUCUCUGUAAUCGACUAAGCGGGUCUGAUCAAGCCGCCGAACAUCACAAGGGUGGAAUUAACCGAAAAUGUAUUAUGGUUAAAAGCAUUAAGGAUUAAUGACAUCUCUAAGCAGCAGACAUUGACAUGGUGUAAAAAGCGAAGGCACAGGGGCAGUGACAUGGCUGCCGAAGACAAGGCUUCCUCCUCGUCCUCUGUGAUGGACUGGAGCUCUGAGCCGCCACUCUCUCCCACCAGUCCCUCCCAUCUAACGCACUUCAAACCCCUGACCCCCGAGCAGGACGAGCCGCCACUGCGCUCCGCUUACAGCUCCUUCGUCAGUCUGUUCCGCUUCAACAAAGAAAAAACAGGUGCAAACAUUGCACCAGCAAAAAAGCUUGCUAAGCUUGAGGAAGGACGGCCUCCUUCAGUGACAGAGAAAAGUCAAUCGGCUUCAUCAUCGCCGCAGGGGCCACGGCGCAACUGGUCAAGUCCCUCCCAUUCCAUACAUGGCACUGAAACCCACAGGAAACAUUCGGAACUUCUCAGAAGAACAUCAACUGCUUCAGAGGGUCGACGGAAAUCAGAAGCCCCUCUGGGCAGCCACGAUCCCCGAACCGCUGUCCAGCUACGCACAGCCCUCAAAAGACUUAAGGAGAUCAUGGAGGGGAAAAGUCAGGACAGUGAUCUGAAACAGUACUGGAUGCCAGACAGUCAGUGUAAAGAGUGCUACGACUGCAAUGAGAAAUUCACAACCUUCCGACGGCGUCACCAUUGUCGACUCUGUGGCCAAAUCUUCUGCAGCCGAUGCUGCAACCAGGAAAUUCCUGGCAAGUUCAUGGGCUACACGGGUGAUUUACGGGCAUGUACGUACUGUCGUAAGAUAGCGUUGAGCUACGCUCACUCAGCUGACUCGAGCUCCAUCGGAGAAGAUCUCAGCGCACUGUCAGACUCGGCUUGCUCCGUGUGUGUGCUGGAGCCCACUGAACCACGCACACCUGUGGGGGGUCGCAAAGCCAGCCGGAACAUCUUCCUGGAAGAGGACCUUGCCUGGCAAAGAAAAAAUUCCAUUGGGAUGAGGAAGAAUCAUCAGGAAUCCCAGAACAGUGGUCUCAGUUCCAGACUUACAGCAGUCCAAGAGGAUAUGGGCAAGUCACCGGCCAGGAAGAGGUCAGCUAGUGUGACCAACCUGGCUUUGGACCGUUCCAGCUCAUCCAUGGUUCCUGCCUACGAGACAGCAGUUAGUCCACAGAACAGCCGGGCCCAAUCCAAAACUGACCACAGCGAAGAGGAGCGAAAAAUCCUUCUGGAUUCUUCUCAACUUAAAGAUCUAUGGAAGAAAAUUUGCCACAACAGUACAGGGAUGGAGUUCCAGGACCAUCGCUAUUGGCUGCGUACUUACCCCAACUGCAUUGUUGGUAAAGAGUUGGUCAACUGGCUCUUACGAAAUGGCACUAUUUCAACUAGGGCUCAGGCCAUAGCUAUUGGGCAGGCUUUGGUAGAUGGACGCUGGCUUGACUGUGUAACCCAUCAUGAUCAGAUCUUCCGUGAUGAGUAUGCCCUCUAUCGCCCUCUCCAGAGCACAGAGUUCUCUGAAACCCCCUCUCCAGACAGUGACAGUGUGAAUUCUCUGGAGGGACACUCCGAACCGUCAUGGUUUAAAGACAUCAAGUUUGACGACAGUGACACUGAGCAGCUAGCAGAUGAAAAUGACUAUGUCACACCAAACUCGGCCAGCCCCAGCAAAAGAACAUCCGUCAGCAGUUUCCAUUCUGCAGUGGACAGUGACUCAGCCGCCUCCAUCAACCUAAACAUGGAGCAGGACAAUGUCAAUUUCCACAUCAAGAAGCAGGCCAAGUACCCCCAUGUGCCUCCUUACCCAGCCGAGCAAAAAAGUAUGGAGCCUCAUGACCCGUUCACCCCAGAAACCGACAUCCAUGCACCAAUGGAAGUCCUGCUCUCUGAAGAUGGAGGUCAGCAUAUAUCCAUCAGUGAUGCCUUCAUAAAAGAGUCUUUGUUUAACCGGAGGGUUGAGGAGAAAGCUAAAGAAAUGCUCUUCACUCCUCUUGGCUGGCAUCACAGCUCCUUGGACCAGCUGCGGGAAGAGAACGGGGAAAAGAAAGCAAUGGAGCGUUUACUGUCUGCUAAUCACAGCCACAUGAUGGCGCUGCUGCAGCAGCUGCUGUACAGCGAAUCGCUGUCACUCUCCUGGCGUGACAUCAUCGUACCUGUGGUGAGGCAGGUGGUGCAGACGGUGCGACCGGAUGUGCGCAGCUGUGAUGAUGACAUGGAUAUCCGUCAGUUUGUCCACAUCAAAAAAAUUCCAGGGGGAAAGAAGUUUGACUCUGCUGUAGUGAAUGGCUUUGUUUGCACAAAGAAUAUUGCACACAAAAAGAUGAACCCUUACAUCAAAAACCCCAAGAUCCUUCUCCUCAAAUGCUCCAUUGAGUAUCUAUACAGAGAAGAGACCAAGUUCACCUGCAUUGACCCAAUUGUGUUGCAGGAGCAUGAGUUUCUGAAGAACUAUGUUCAGAGGAUUGCUGAUGUUCGACCAAACCUGGUGUUGGUGGAGAAGACUGUGUCCCGUAUUGCUCAGGACAUGCUACUGGAGCACGGCAUUAGCCUUGUGAUUAAUGUCAAACCUCAAGUCCUGGACCGCGUGAGUCGAAUGACUCAGGGAGAUUUAGUCAUUUCAAUGGAUCAGCUCCUUACUAAACCUCGUCUGGGUACCUGCCACAAGUUUUACCUGCAUUCCUUCCAGCUGCCAAAUGACGAACUGAAGACCCUGAUGUUUUUUGAAGGCUGUCCUCCUCAGCUGGGCUGCACUAUUAAGCUCCGCGGUGCCUCAGAGUAUGAACUGGCACGGGUGAAAGAGAUCAUUAUUUUUAUGGUGUGUGUGGCGUACCACUCACAGCUGGAGAUCUCUUUCCUCAUGGAUGAGUUUGCUAUGCCUCCCAGCCUGGCUGAGAGUUCCUCCUUCCCUUGUCUGCUGGAAAGCACCACUUUGGAGGAAGAGGACGAGACUGGUGGGGAAAGGGAGAGCCAAGAUAAUGAUGGGUCCACGCUGGGGGAUGACAACUUCACGCUUCUUCCAGAUGCAGACUUUGAGCCAGGACUUCAGGAGGUUAUCAAACUCCACAGUAGAGAGCCUUCCAUCUCUGAAUCUUCUUAUAAAGAUGGAGAAAGCCCCAGAAUAAAAAACAAUGGUUCAGUUGCUUCCUUCUCUGGAGGAGAGGAAGAGAUUAUGAAGACCUCCACACCCCUUUCCUCCUUCUCUUCCAGCCUUCCCCAGGCGGUGUCACCACCUUUCCUGAAUUCAAACCUGAAAGAGAUGUCACAGGAAAUGAACAAGGGGCCAGGUGAGGAGGAGAAGAACAAAGAGCUGGAGGAGACUCUGGUCCAGCGGGACAGCACAAGCUCUGAGACCUCCCUUCCACCAGCCCGACUCUUCAGGGAUCCCUUACAGGAUGACACAGACCUGUUUGUGACCGAGCAUGUAGCUUCCUCAGAUGAUCGCCUCAAGUCCAUCUCAGCUUUAUUUAAACAAGAGCUAAAAGACGUUAUCCUGUGCAUUUCACCUUUUAUUACCUUUCGGGAGCCGUUCUUGCUCACGCGGGCUGGACUGCGCUGUCCUAGCCGGGAUUAUUUCCCAGAACAGGUUUACCUCUCACCUCUAUUAAAUAAGGAUUCGAAAGAGCUGGACGGACGGCGCAAGAGGCAGCUGCUGAAAGAGUCUGGCCCGAGUUCUGGCAGCCUGACUAACGGUACUGUGUCGCACCAACGGCCCAUCCAGAUUUUGCCCUGUCACAAACUCACAAGUGCCCGUAUAGCAGAGCAUUUAGGCAGCAGUCGGGAGCUGGCACGCAUGCUGGCUGACUACCGUGCCCAAGGAGGACGCAUUCGACAAAAAGAAGGAAAUCAAUUUCGUGAAGCCCCUCCCACAAAGGCUCCAAUAAAGGCAGAUAGUGAAGAAGAUAAAGGGCCAGGAAUGAGUGAAAUGACAUGGGCUACUAAGUUGGACUGUUUAAAUCCAAUCAACCAUCAGAGGCUCUGUGUGUUGUUCAGUAGCUCAUCAGCACAAUCUAAUAAUGCUCCAAACCCCUGCGUCAGUCCAUGGAUUGUAACAAUGGAGUUUUAUGGCAAGAAUGACUUGACUCUUGGUGUAUUUCUGGAGAGAUACUGUUUUAGACCCUCUUACCAGUGCCCCAGCAUGUACUGUGAGACCCCCAUGGUGCACCACAUCCGGCGCUUUGUGCACGGUAGCGGCUGUGUCCAGAUUGUUCUGAAAGAGCUGGACUCGCCUGUACCCGGAUAUCAGCACACGAUUCUCAACUACUCUUGGUGCCGUAUCUGUAAACAGGUGACUCCUGUGGUCCCUUUGUCUAAUGACUCCUGGUCCAUGUCCUUCGCCAAGUAUCUAGAGCUCCGUUUCUAUGGUCACCAGUACACCCGCCGGGCCAACGCCGAGCCUUGUGGCCACUCCAUCCAUAAAGAUUAUCACCAGUACUUCUCUUACAACCAGAUGGUGGCUUCCUUCAGCUACAUCCCGGUGAGGCUACUAGAGAUCUGUCUGCCUCCUCCGAAGAUCAUCAUCAGGAACCAGGAGCCCUCUAAAGCCAACUUGCAGCAGGAUCUCAAAGACUUCUCCCAGAAGGUGGCUCAGGUGUACCUGGCCAUAGAUGACCGUCUCACCUCUUUAAAAACUGACACUUUCAGCAAGACCAGAGAGGAGAAAAUGGAGGACAUGUUCGCACAGAAAGACAUGGAGGAAUCCGAGCUUCGCAACUGGAUAGAGAAGCUACAAGUGCGUCUGCAGACCACUGCGAUGGACUCACCACAACAACUACAAGCUGUUCAGGAGUCAGUGGUGGUCAAAAAGCAGGGCUUGUGUGAGACCUUGCAGUCUUGGAACAACAGACUUCAGGACUUGUUCCAGCAAGAAAAAGGCAGGAAGCGUCUAUCUGUUCCUCCCAGUCCUGGAAGACACAGGCAAGCUACAUCAGAUGAGGGCAAGACUAGUGCUUUGGAGUCCUCUCCUCGUAACUCAUCCCAAAUGGAUGGAGAGAAAGAGGACCGUCAUCUCAACACAUUUCCGUCAAGUUCAGGGUCGUCAUCGUUACUACAGUUACCGUCUCCAGCUGAACAAGCUUCAGAUGUCAUUACAAGCGGGCCAUCUUUUCCUGAUCAGGACUCUGUCAGCAUCCCAGAGGACAUGUUUGAUGGACACUUACUUGGCUCCAGUGACAGUCAAGUAAAGGAAAAGUCCACCAUGAAAACCAUCCUGGCCAACCUGUUACCAGGCAACAGCUACAAUCCCAUCCCUUUCCCUUUUGACCCAGAUAAGCACUAUUUGAUGUAUGAGCACGAGAGAGUUCCUAUAGCCGUGUGUGAGCGAGAGCCCAGCUCCAUCAUUGCCUUUGCACUCAGCUGUAAAGAAUAUAAAACUGCCCUUGAAGAGCUUACAAAGACUACAGCAAAGACCGGAGGUGAUGAUACAUCUCAGGCCAUUAGUGCUGGAGAGAGCAGAGCAAAGAACAGCCCAGCCAAACCAAGUGACAGCAGCAUGUCACAGCUGAACCGCAGCAGUGUCGAUGCUGACCCACUCAAGGAGCCUGAAAAUGGAGACAAACAGAAGAAGCAGACCGGAAACCCACACAUUGAGCUGCAGUUCUCAGACGCAAAUGCCAAGUUUUACUGCCGGAUCUACUACGCGGAAGAGUUCCAUAAAAUGCGGGAAGAGAUCAUGGAGAGCUCGGAGGAUGAUUUUGUGCGAUCCCUCUCCCACUGUGUCAACUGGCAGGCUCGUGGCGGGAAGUCUGGUGCAGUUUUCUAUGCCACUGAAGAUGAUCGGUUUAUUUUGAAGCAGAUGCCCAGAUUAGAGGUCCAGUCUUUCUUAGACUUUGCACCCCACUACUUCACUUACAUCACAGGAGCAGUUCAGCAAAAGCGGCCCACAGCACUUGCUAAGAUUCUAGGAGUGUACCGUAUCGGCUACAAGAACUCUCAGAACAACACAGAGAAGAAACUGGACCUGUUGGUGAUGGAAAACCUUUUCUAUGGGAGAAAGAUGGCACAGGUGUUUGACCUGAAGGGAUCCCUGAGGAACAGGAACGUGAAGACGGAUCAGGGAAAGGAGAGCUGUGAGGUGGUGCUCCUAGAUGAAAAUCUCCUGAAACUGGUGCAUGACAAUCCCCUUUAUAUUCGCUCCCACUGCAAGGCCAUUCUGCGUGCUGCCAUCCUCAGUGAUGCCCACUUCCUGUCCAGCCACCUCAUCAUUGAUUAUUCUUUGCUGGCGGGUCGUGAUGAUGCCACAGAUGAGCUAGUUGUGGGGAUCAUAGAUUAUAUCCGGACUUUCACAUGGGAUAAAAAGCUGGAGAUGGUGGUCAAAUCUACUGGGAUUCUUGGAGGUCAAGGUAAAAUGCCCACAGUGGUGUCACCAGAGCUGUACCGAUCACGUUUCUGUGAGGCCAUGGACAAAUACUUCCUCAUGGUCCCUGAUCACUGGACGGGUCUUGGGCUCAACUGCUGAUUGGCAAGGGAAUGUUACAGCUGAAAAGGGAUAUCCUGCUGUUUUAUGUACUUUGCAGUGAUUCAGUGGAAAAAUGAACCCUCCAUUAUCUGCAGUGGUGUCUGAAGCUGGGCGAAACUGAACCUCUCUUUUUAUGCUGUCUACAACUUGACCAAAACUGACAUGCCAAGAUCCAGUUCCUGAAGAUCCACUGAAGAGACUGAACUGAAAUGGCAUAACUUGAGAACUCAUGUAGUAGUGUUUGUUUAUAACCUAUUAAUCUGAACUGUGGACUAUGUAAAAGUUUAUAAAUGUACAGAGAUGUAUAAUUAAAGAUUAUUAAUACUGA